UUUCUGUCGCCUUCCGUAAGACCGACGUUCUCAUCACGCAUGCGCAGCCCGGGAAGUUCUUUCUUUCUAAUUUUUUUCCCCCUUCUCACCUCUAGUUCUGCGAGCUGAUCCACGCGGGGUCUUUCCUUCUGCAGCGGGCGGCGUGAAAUAUGCUUUUCUAUUCCUUCUUCAAAUCCCUAGUAGGGAAGGACGUAGUAGUGGAAUUGAAGAAUGACUUGAGCAUCUGUGGGACCUUACAUUCUGUAGAUCAGUACCUGAAUAUUAAGCUGACAGACAUUAGUGUGACAGAUCCAGAAAAAUAUCCUCAUAUGUUGUCGGUCAAGAAUUGCUUCAUUCGGGGCUCUGUGGUCCGGUACGUCCAGCUUCCGGCUGACGAGGUGGACACCCAACUCUUGCAAGAUGCGGCUCGUAAGGAAGCCCUCCAGCAGAAGCAGUGAUGAAUUUUUAUUAUUAUUUUUUUUUAAUUCUCCCUGUGUGACUUGACCUUCCCUGAAGAACAGCUGCAGAAUGGUGGAAGGUCAUGUUAUCUUUUUCUCUGGGAAGUACCAGCAAAGUUAGCAUUGUAAAUACGGCCAUCUGCAGUACGUUCUUGGGAUACAGACGAUGCUUCCACUUGCUAAUGUUUUGUUCCUUCUGAAUGCUGCAUCCGUAGUGGUUACAGAUGUUCGCGCCAACCUCCUCCGUCUCCUAGGACUGCUGGAGAUGAAGGACGGUGAGCACUAAAUUGAAGAAGAAAUCUUAGGUCUCCUCUUUCCAAUGUAAAGCCAGUAAUAAAAUCCUUCCAUUGCUCUUCCUUGCUCUCUUCAGCAUUCAGUGAAUGGCACUGCUAUGUAGCAGGAAACUCCACUUUUGGUCAAGGAUUGAUACUCAACCAUGAAAAUAUAAUUAUUUCUGUAGCUUGCUUGCCCUGCAGAGUGUCCUAAACAUGGGUUUUCUUCAUGUAUUACCAGCCCAUUCUAAUUUCUUUAAUUUCCUUCUCUCCCAAUGCAGCACAGCUAAUGCUAAUGUGAUUUUUUUUCCCCAUGUCGGUGUAUUUCCUAUUUAUAGGAUUUGAAGUGAUGCUUUUUCUUUGGAAUUCCGGCAGGUUGGAAAGGAGACCUGCAAACUCCCCAAGUAUGGAGGGUGUCCAUUUUAUUUUUGUUGUACACACACGAUAAUAUCCUAUUAAGUGUCAAUCCAGGCUUUCUUCGUUGCAAUAUAAAAUGGCAGCUGUGUUUUCCCUGGCCAUUAGAAAAAAGUUGCAGGUCGAAUCCUGCCAUUUUUGAGUUUUUUUUUAAACAUUUCACUGGUUUUGUUGUUGCCUUUUGUAUUGUUAUUCUUACGUUUUAUGGGAUUUGCACGUUUUUUAGGAAGACUUUUUGAAAGCAUAAAUGAUUUGUUAAACAGAAAGUGGACAAUUAAAAGUUUGAUUUGAAAGACAGAA